UGGUCCAAUGACUUCAAGGAACAAUGUGCGCUUGCUGCUCGUGAUGACCGCAUUCUUGGCGCAUGUACUCCCUUCCUCAACCUUUUCGCCACUGACCUAAGUUUUGCAGGCGGAAAUUCCGGGGCAAGAUCAAGAUGGCUAUGAUGUAGAACCUGAUUUCUUCCGGGGCAUGCAUGGCCAUUCUCAGAUUUCUAGACCACGACCUCAGCAGCGCCCCGGGCUCUUCGAGAAACUCAGGCUCACUGUGACAAGGCGCCCUCUUCCACCUCCUGCACCGGCACCCACAUCUGCACCGCCCACUGCAAUACCACCUGCCGCUGCUCCCACACCAGCAUCGCCCACCGCACCACCACCUGGCACUGUUCCCACGACCUUCACAGCCCACGUACGACACUUCUUCACCUGGCAAACCGAUCAUGCAACACCACCCGUCGUCGACGUUCCUUUUGCAAAGGGUAAAGAGCGCAAUGCUGCAGCGGAUGAUCCAGGGCGAGACGAGGACAUGGUACCUGACGAAUAUUUUGAUGAUCUGCCGCAGGACCCCAAUGCUACACAACAGCCCAACACACAACAGCAACAACAAUCAGUAGCAAUGCAGGUAGACGCUGGGGAACAUGGAGGCGGCAAGUCGUGUUUCUGCUGCUAGCGGCUUUUGUAGAUGUCCUCGGGUAUUUCAGUUCUGCCAUUGCUCUUAUUUGUUGCGAUAUCUACGUUGACCUGAAGCAGUAUUUUAUCACCAUAUCCUCCAGAUU